AUGGACGAAGAACAACGGAAGGAGAUCGAGCUGUUGCUGGAGAACACCGAAAAGAACAACGACCACAAGUUGAAGAAGGUUAGUUAAAACGCCGUGGGCCCCGGGGGGAUUUGCAAAUAUUUUUAUCGCCUUCUUUGUUCAUGUCUUUCAUAAAGACAUGGCGUGGCGGGGGUAUUCCUGGAGGCAGCAUCAGCGCAAUCUUCAGCGGGGAAAUCCCCAGCAGAUCUUGAUUCAGUUGGAGCAGGUAUCUCAUUAGAAUUUUUGUAAUCAAAAAAAAAUUUUUUUCAAAAACUUUAUACAAUUUUUAUGCAUUUAAAAGUUACAUCAAAAUAUUUCUAAUGAGAUACCUGUUCAGUAUAGAAAUCACGGUCCGAAAUUCGUAAGUUAUUUUUUUAAGCAAUGCCUUUACAAUAACCUCCCAAUUUCAGUACCUUCGCCUCGUUCUUCCCCAUGUCGCCCUUGUCCUCGUAGUCUGCAUCUAUGCCAUGGUUGGCGCAUUUAUUUUCCACUCAAUAGAAUCGCCACACGAAGACAUGGUAAGCACAACAAAAAUGAUGACUAAACUGACAUUCAGCUCAAAAGAGAUGGCAUUGCCAAGAUAAACAACGUCCGGACGGAUCUAAUAGAACUCAUCUGGGAGAAAUCCGGGGGUUCUGGUUACGUCAAUCAAGAGGAAUGGGUCCGACAAAUGAGUCGAGCACUGGAAACAUUCAAUCAGAACUUGUAUAAAGUCUACAAAGAUCAGUAUGUCAGGUAUGGGGAUGUGAGAAUGAGCAAAGCCGAGAGGGAUCCGAGAGAAAAACGGCAUCGUUCUUCAUCCAAAAGUCGAUCAGAAUCCGGAGGGAAGCUUUGGACAUCUUCCAGUUCUCUUUUCUUCGCGGCCACAACCAUGGCCACCAUCGGUAGGCAGUUACAGUACUUUCUCUUAUGUCUUUAGGCUAUGGGAAUGUGGUUCCGGUCACAAUGAAAGGCCGAUUAUUUUGUGUGGCCUUUGCUUUGUUCGGCGCACCUCUGGCUAUCAUUACAAUUGGAGAUUUGGGUAAAUUUCUCUCCGAAUGCACAAUUUGGUUGUACAAGAAGAUGUUGGAAGGGAAGAGAUGGUGCAAGAUUACACUGGUCAGAAUGAUGAGCAAGAAUGAGAAAAUGGAUUCAGAAGCGGAUACAGAGACCGGGGAUUCGGAGAGGAACGGGCAGAUCGACUGGGAGGACUUCGAUCGGACAGAAGUCCCCGUUUUCCUCGUAUUUAUCAUAUUAUUGGUAAGACUCGCAUUCAAACCAUCCUUUAUUCUUACACUUUCAGUUAUACAUUGCAUUUGGAGGUGUCUUAUUUUCGUAUAUAGAGUCAUGGAGCUAUAUGGACGCCUUCUACUACUGUAAGUUCAUCUUUUUUCAUCCUGGAAUUAUUUCCGCGACUUUAUAACCUUUUAGGUUUUGUUUCGUUGACUACAAUCGGGUUUGGGGAUCUUGUCCCCGAAAGACAUGAAUAUAUCCUAUUAAUGCUCAUAUAUCUCGGGGUUGGACUGGCUGUGACGACUAUGUGUAUUGACUUGGUCGGCAUCAAAUACAUCCAAAAGAUCCAUUACUUCGGCCGUAAAUUCCGAGGUACAGAUAUUCUUCAGAUGCUGAAACGACGAAGAAUGAUUGAGAGAAAGUUGGCUAUGGGAAAUACAGAAGAUGUGAUGCAGAUGAUACAUCAUGUUGUACAAGAACAACAAAAGUAAGUAAAGAUUACUUUAAGCCAAACAAUUUAAUUGCAGAGAAGUCCAACAAGCCAAACCAGCACCUCCGAAGUUGAAUCUCAACUCUGCCAAUGAGCUAUGGCAGAAUGAACAGCAAGAGAAGGCAUCUUUAAGAUCGAAUGAAGAAGUUGCGGAGUGGCAAGCAGAUGAAACUCUAGUUAAUGAUGAGUUGACCAGGGGUGGAUUAACGACCGAUCAACAGGAAGUGGAAGAAUCGAUCAUUGGAAUGUCUAGCCUCGAUAAUGUAGAGACGGCCAUGUCAACAGCCGUAGAAGGGCAUGAACAAUUCCAUGCGACUCUGAUGCCAAGACCCGAGACUCCUCUGAGCAAUUCAUCGGAAGCUGGACGAGAUUGGAUGUACAACAACUGGGAUGACACUGAGGACAGGAUGGGAGGAUCUGACGUUUCUGGACCCGCAGUGUCUGAGCAUUGCAGUAUCCACACAUCUCCUUCGGUUUGCGAACGAGAAAGGAUGUUCGAUCAAGAUCAAUCGCCUCAGGGAUCAGUGACGUCAUUCAAGUUCUCAUUCGAUGGACCUUGGCCUAAUCUGAAGGAAAUUGGUCAGUCAUUUUGUGUCCUUUUACUCCUAAUUCAGCUGUGUAUAAGUCCAGUUGAAUUUAUAUAAUUUCAGCAGCCCAAGCUCGUCAAGCCAGAAGAUUAGUCAGCUGUCCAGGAGAUAUUGAGCGACCUAACUCCCCUACCUUAUUCAACGCCAUUCAAGGAACUGAAUGGUUCCCAUCCCAAUCCUGUUCCUCUCUUUCAUCUAAUGUAAGGAGGUCCCGCUCGGAACACAGUAUCCCUUUCUUGUUCCCCCGAAUACUAACCCCUUCUUCUAACCCUAUCCUACUGUAUCUUUCUCGCCGGUUCCCUCCUUAUUUACUUUCUCAUUUGGCGGCUGUUCAUGAUCUCGAAAAAGGUCAUGUUCUACUUGAGUUUAGGGAACAUCCUCAUGUCCGGAUGUUCCUAGAACAACCCCACCAGCCCUCCCGCAAUUUCCCCACUGCUUCCGCUUUCUCCGUUGUCCCUCAUGAAUCCACGAGACGAUCGAGAGUGCUGGAGAUGUUCACAGCCGUCAGGAAGCGAUGUUCUUUCAUCCCAACAAACAGCACUAUAAGAACAAUGACUCAAUUAACCGGUGGGAAUAUUCAACUGACAUUUGGGGCAAGUACAAGCAACAAUGAACAACCUCAACCAGUUCUCAAGAGAAAGAAGAAAGCCCGAUUGGCCAGAAAUAAGGACCCGAUUGUGGAAAUGGAUUGGCUGAAUAUUUCACCCAGAUAUUUGAUCGUAAACCAAGAAGAAGACAUGUCCAGUUUAGCUUCAGUGCCAAAGGAUGCUGCUUUCAACCAAAAUACCAAUUUUUAACGGUUCGCUUAUGGUUUGAUGUGUGAAUUGUAGUGCCCGUAAUGGAUUCCCAGUUUUUGUUGUAAAAACGCAGCACAUGCUUGCACCUACCUUCACUAUCUGACCUAAAAUAAUAUAAAAAUCAUUUUUUAUUUUCAGCCAGCGGCCGUGACCUGCAUCGAAGAUUGGAUUUCCUAUGUCCAGUUACUCGAUGAUGUCCAACAACCCUUAUCUCGUGUUCGGUAAGUCUGUAAACCACCUUCCCCUUGACCUACGUGAUCCCUUAGAUCUCCCAUUUACCCUUACAUUGAUGAAAUUUAUCCUCACACCGAACUGCCGUACACGCCAUUCGAAUGGCCUCCCAAAACGUGUUCCCCCGAUGUACAGGUGCUUUCCCCGGUCUCCCCACAAGACAUCUCCUCCCCCGAAUUACACUCGCCCAUCCCUACUUUCGUCCCCUCCACCCUCGAGACACAGGCCAAUCCCGCGACUCACGAGGAGAUGGUCGACGAAAAAGCUCAAGUUCAAUGUCACACUGCCUUCAAGGGACCCGUUCCUAUCAGACUACCUACCCCCGAACCUUCCGAAGAUACAUCCAGGUCGGUGAUCAUGUCUAAUGCUGUCGUAGUUACCUCUUGUCGUGUCCUAACCCUAAUCCCUGUUACAGUUCACUGCUUCACGAUACCUCUUCUAGCUCCUCAUAUACAACCUCGCCCUUAUUCGAUAUUGAUUUGGGUGGAUUCGAAUUAGUUGACAGCGGAUUAUCAGCCGAAGCCCUUCUCUCCCACGAUGAUCCGGUCAUAUAUCAUCGAGAUAUGCCCGUUCAUAGUGUACAUCAUGAUACUGUCCAAACAGAAGCUGCUCUCGAGAAUCUAAUGAACGCUCCGGAAAGCAUGCUCAGUAACUCGGUUCCCCCUACAAUGGUCGCUGACAAUUACUGCUUCAUUGUGGAUGGAGACAAGAUCAAGAUGGGCGAUAUCAUGGGUGAUGAUCAAUGGUGGCGGCAUACGUCCAGACCUACCAAAUACUUCUAUAGUGAAGAUCUCAGGAAGUUCUACCGAGUAAAUUGCAUCACAGCUCGAGGGAAGAUAAUCUCGGCCAGACUGGCUACAACAACACCAAUGUCUGGAGGAGCGAGUCUGGGAAUGCCUCCAAAUCAACAAGGACCAUCAACAAGCUCAAGUCUCCCAACAACAGCCGCUGCCUCGAGUGCAACCACACCCCGGUCCUCAAUGUCCGUGACCAGCAAGAGUCAGAGAGGCGAGAAAGUUGCUCUGGAACAUGUGUACAAGGUGAUUAGAUUCUAUAGUUUCUGGAACACCUGCACCUCGUUCCAUCGGAUAGUUACAAUGAUAGACAAGAUAGUCCCCGCCGACAAAGCUGAGAACUUCAACAUGGACUUCAAACGAAGACUUUUCGUCCAAUAUCUGUGGAGAAAUGCGAAGCCGUCGGAUAAGGCGAGAGUCCAGAAAGAAUUCGAUCCCCGAAGACAGCGACUUCUACGAUUUGUUACGAGUCCAGCUGAGCGGAAAAAGGUAAGCAAAAAGACGGAGAUAAUACGAUUUCAGAUGCAACAACAAUACAUCCAACAACAGCAACAACCGUGGACUCGAGGAGGAAGAUAA